UCCCUCGUAACCCUGUGACCGCCCUUCGCGACCCGAAUUGGAAAAUGGCUAUGGAUGAUGAAUUUGAUGCUCUUAUUAAAAAUAAGACGUGGGAGUUGGUGCCCCGUCCACCUAAUGUGAAUGUUAUUCGUUCUAUGUGGAUUUUCACUCAUAAAGAAAAAUCUAAUGGUGACUUUGAGAGGCAUAAAGCCCGUCUUGUAGGUGAUGGCAAGACUCAACAGGUUGGCAUUGAUUGUGGUGAGACCUUCAGUCCAGUGGUCAAGCCGGCUACGAUCCGUACCGUUCUCAGUCUUUCCCUAUCAAAGAAGUGGCCUAUUCAUCAGCUAGAUGUCAAGAAUGCUUUCUUACACGGUGAGCUCAAGGAAACAGUGUAUAUGCAUCAACCUCUGGGUUUCAGAGAUCCUACUUAUCCGGAUUAUGAUGACAUGUUUCUUUCGCCACGCAAGUAUGCCGAAGAAAUCAUUGAUCGAGCUGGGAUGUCUUCUUGUAAGGCUACUUCUACUCUGGUUGAUACUAAACCGAAGGUGAGCGGCACAUCGGGUGAUCCUUAUGAUGACCCGACUCACUAUCGCAGUCUCGCAGGUGCCCUUCAGUAUCUUACUUUCACGAGGCCGGAUAUCUCUUAUGCUGUUCAACAGGUAUGCUUUUACAUGCAUGCACCGCGACAGGUUCAUAUGCAUGCACUUAAGCGUAUCAUCCGUUACAUUCAGGGUACACUUGACUAUGGUUUGCAUCUUUAUCCGUCCUCAGUUGCGGACCUUCUUUCCUACACUGAUGCGGAUUGGAGGGGCUGCCCUGACAUACGUCGGUCAAUGUCUGGUUACUGUGUCUUUCUUGGGGAUAACUUGAUAUCGUGGUCUUCGAAACGCCAACCUACCCUCUCUCAUUCGAGUGCUGAGGCGGAGUAA